AUGUGCACCGAGGUCGUCGUCUUCCCGCCCUACCCGUUCCUCGGGUCCGUCGUCGAGGACCUGGCGGACGUGGGCAUCGGCGUCGGCGCCCAGUCCGUCUUCGCCGAGGCCGAGUCCGGCGCCUUCACGGGCGCCGUGUCCACGGCCAUGGUCGAGUCCAUGGGCUGCGAGUACGUGCUCUGCGGCCACAGCGAGCGCCGCACGGUCUUCAAGGACGACGACGCGGCGGUGAACAAGAAGGUGCUCCGGGUCUACGAGGACGGCCUCAAGCCCGUGCUCUGCAUCGGCGAGACCAAGGAGGAGUACGAGGCGGGCCUCUGCGAGGACGUGUGCAAGGUCCAGCUCGCCAAGGAUCUGGCCGGCGUGUCCAAGGAGCAGGCCAUGGACCUCGUCAUCGCCUACGAGCCCGUCUGGGCCAUCGGCACGGGCUUGGUGUGCCCGUCGGACGUCGCCCAGAGCGUCCACAAGACGGUCCGCGCGUUCCUCGCCGAGCUCUACGACCAGGCCGUGGCGGACGCCGUCCGCAUCCAGUACGGCGGCUCCGUGACGCCCGAGUCCGUCGACGAGCUCAUGUCCAUGCCCGACAUCGACGGCUGCCUCGUCGGCGGCGCGUCCCUCGUCGCCGAGAAGUUCGCCCGCAUCUGCAACUACGUCCGCGCUUAG